AUGUUCCGCCGUCCCCUCACCACCAUUCCCCGGGCGGGCGUCCGCCUGGCCUCGAGCUCCUCGUCGUCGCAGGCUGCCGGUGCCAACAACCGCAGGAUGGCCAGCCGCGCCGCCGCCGCUACGGUCGCCGUCGUCGGCGCCUACGCCACCUACUCGCUCUCCUCGUCCAUCUACGCCGAGGCUCCCGACACGGUGCCGGGAGACACGAGACCGCACCCGCUCUGGUCUCCCCCGACCCGUGCUCAAAUGAUCGAGGCCCUCAAGCAGUCCUCGGCAAAGAGCCUCCGACCCGUCGCAUCGCGGGCGCAGGCCGACAACGCCAGCCUUCGUUCCGCCGCAAAGGACGCCAAGAGCAGCAGCCCCAGCCCCGCCGCCUCGGAAGAGUCGGGCGGAAGGAUGGCCUCGAGGCACGGCGACGAGGACGGCGAGGGCUUCGACCUGCUGGUCGUUGGUGGAGGUGCCACCGGCGCCGGUGUCGCCGUUGACGCUGCCACGCGCGGCCUCAGCGUGGCCAUGGUCGAGAGGGACGACUUUGGCGCGGGCACCUCGUCCAAGUCGACCAAGCUUGUCCACGGCGGCGUGCGCUACCUCCAGAAGGCCGUCUUUGAGCUCGACUACGAGCAGUACAAGAUGGUCCGCGAGGCCCUCCACGAGAGGAAGACGUUCCUCAAGAUCGCCCCCUACCUCAGCGACCACCUGCCCAUUAUGCUCCCCGUCUACACGUGGUGGCAGAUCCCCUACUUCUGGGCCGGCACCAAGAUGUACGACAUCCUCGCCGGUUCCGAAAACAUGGAGAGCUCCUAUGUCCUCAGCAAGGGCAAGGCGCUCGAGGCGUUCCCCAUGCUCAAGGCUUCCGGCCUCACCGGCGCCGUCGUCUACUACGACGGCCAGCACAACGACACGCGGAUGAACGUGGCGCUCGCAAUGACGGCCGUCCACCACGGCGCCGUCGUCGCCAACCACACCGAGGUCAUCGCGCUGCACAAGAAGCCCGUCCAGGGCAAGGCCGACCAGAUCUGCGGAGCUCGGUUGCGCGACGUCCUGACCGGCGACGAGUGGGACGUCAAGUGCAAGGGCCUGAUCAACGCCACGGGUCCGUUCAGCGACUCGCUGCGCAAGAUGGACGCGCCGACGGCCCAGGAGAUUGUCGCGGCCUCUUCGGGCGUCCACAUCACGCUGCCCGGCUACUUCAGCCCGCGCGACAUGGGCCUGAUUGACCCGCAGACGUCCGACGGCCGUGUCAUCUUCUUCCUGCCGUGGCAGGGCAACACGAUUGCCGGCACCACCGACACGGCCGCACCCGUCGAGGCGCACCCCAGGCCCAAGGAGGAGGAGAUCCAGUGGAUCCUCGACGAGGUGCGCAAUUACCUCAGCCCGGACAUCAAGGUGCGCCGCGGCGACGUCCUCAGCGCGUGGAGCGGUCUCCGCCCGCUGGUCAAGGACCCGGACGCCAAGGACACCCAGAGCCUCGUGCGCAACCACAUGAUCAACGUCAGCGAGAGCGGCCUGCUGACGAUUGCCGGCGGCAAGUGGACGACCUACCGCGAGAUGGCCGAGCAGACCGUCGACCGGGCGAUUGCCGAGUUCAACCUCAAGCCGCAGCGCGGAUGUGUGACCAAGUCGACCCGCCUGCUGGGCAGCCAUGGCUGGACCAAGACGAUGUACGUCAAGCUGCUGCAGAGGUUCGGCCUGGACACCGAGGUGGCCAAGCACCUGUCCAACACCUACGGCGACCGCGCCUGGAGCGUGUGCUCGAUCGCCGAGCCCACGGGACAGCGCUGGCCCGUCCACGGCAAGCGCAUCGACCCGCUCUACCCCUACAUCGAGGCCGAGAUCCGGUACGCCUGCCGCUCCGAGUACGCGGCGACGGCGCAGGACUUUAUCGCGCGCCGGACGCGGUUGUCGUUCCUCAACGUCGAGGCGACGGUCGAGUCGCUGCCGCUGGUGAUUGACGUCAUGGCCGAGGAGCUGGGCUGGGACGAGGGCCGCAAGAGCAAGGAGUGGAGCGAGAGCGUCGACUUCCUCGGAAGCAUGGGCCUGCAGCCGGGCCGCGUGCAGCAGCUGAGCAGCGUCUCGCUCGACGAGAUGCGCAAGAUCCGCGAGGGCAAGCAGAAGCGCCUCAGCCAGCCGUCGCUCGGCGCGGCCAGCCUGGACGACAAGGACAACCUGGCGAUUGCCGCGCGCUCGUCUUUCAGCUCCGAGGAGAUGGACGAGCUGCGGUCCAAGUUCAAGCUGCUCGACGUCAACAACGACGGCAAGCUCGACAGCAAGGACCUCAAGGAGGUGCUGCAGCGGAUCGGCUACGAGAACGUCGACGACGGGACGCUGCGGGGCAUUGUCAGCGAGGUCGACUUUGGCAAGACGGGCGCGCUCCACUUUGAGGACUUCCUCGACGUGUUUGCGGCGCUCAAGGACGCGCGCGUCGAAAACGCCUUUACCCACAUCCUGAGCGAGAUGGACAGCAAGGGCCUGCAGCCGCCGUCGCACGACCCCGUCGGACCCGCGGCCAAGGAGAAGUCGGAGCGGCGCGAGGCGAGCCGCACGAUCCCCGUCGAGAAGAGCGGCGGUGGAUGGUAG